CCAUCGGCCUGCCUUGGCAAUGAAGGCCCGGGCCCGGUGUUCCUCCCAGAUCGGCCUCUGCGAGAAGUAAAAUCCGGCCCGCCGGUACCCACGCACCCCGCCCGCUGGUGGGCCGCACGCUUUUCCGCGCAGGAUGAAGCACGACCAGCCGGGGGUGACGGGAUUACCGAAGCCGGUGCCGCAGCGAAGCGAUCUGCCUGGUUCCAUUAUUUGGCGAAGGAAAAAGCGGCAGAAGGGAAUCCGAUGCAGAUGACGUGGCGAUGGUGGACGAGACCGGAGACCCCAUCAACGCGGCGCCCGCAGCAAGGAACUCGCUUGGUUGCGCGUGGUCAGCCCCGCCGGGUUGCUUGCCCGGGGCGGGCGGGCCGCGUGCGUACGUAGCGCCGUCAGGGAGAAGCCCGGCCCGGCUGGGGCAGGCCCGCGCGCCCCGGCCCUCUUAGUAUCGCGUUGCCGUUGCACUAUUCGCGAUGGCAGCCACAGCGCCACCCGCUUCGCUGCUUCCCCGGGUGGGAGCGAGGGAGACAGACGGGCCCCGCCCGCUACUUCGGUUGCGGUCGCAACGCCUCGGGCGGGGCAUCCGCGCCCCUGCUUCAAUUAUUUCGUGGCGCUGCCCUGCAUGCCGCUACCUCCGCGCGCCCACUUCACCGGGGCGCCGCCCCCCGGUACGCCCUAAUGAUCUGUCUUCAGUGCAUUUGCUUCGCAAUCCGUGCCAUCCGGCACGGGGAUCGAUGGGUCGAUCAGCGUCAAGUGGUGUUGCCGAUCCAGCUUCUCGCCUUUGCUCUUUUGGACCGCCGAUCCAGCUUCUCG